CUCGAAGAAAUCAUUGCAGAGAUUGAGCAGCUUCUUCGGCUUGACACUUGGUUCGAAUCCAAGUUUUAUCUGGCAGUGUAUCUUGCAGACUCAAGCCAUUAUACGGGAAGGAACACGGUGGAAGGUGGGAGAUGGUAUGAAUAUAUAAAUUUGGGAGGACCCAUGGCUUGGAGAUAAAUACUUCCCGUGGGUGAUAACGCCUAAUCCGGGUAGGGAUUAUACAUGGUCUCAAAUCUCAUAUUCAAUGGUUCUUGGAAUUGGCAAUGAAUUGAUGAGAUAUUCGAGCGUUGAGAUAGGGAGCUUAUCCAAGCUAUUCUACUGCCACAAACAAGGAGGGAAGAUAUUAUGAUUUGCGCCAAGGACAGGUCGGGUCAUUAUGCAGUCAAAAGCACAUACAAAUCGUUGGCAUGGGAUGAUUUGGCUCAGGGUGAAGGAACCUCUAACAGGUUAUGGAGGAAGAUUUGGGCUGUUUGGACAAUGCCCGAUAUUCGUAGUAUGGUGUGCAGAGUGGUGAAUGAUAUUGUUCCUUGUUUGAGUAACUUAGUGUUGAAGAGGGUUCCUGUGGAAAAUGUGUGCCCGCUUUGCCAUGCUUCAAAGGAAACAAUAUUGCAUAUUUUUUUCACUUGCCCCUUUGCAGCGUAGGUCUGGGGGGAUUUCUGACUUGGGCUGGUACUCUCAGACAGUCCAUAGCUUUAGAGAUUGGAUGAUGGCAGUGUUUGAGGAAUAUAUUGCACAUGAUCAAUCCCUGGUUUUGCAAAUUCUUUGGGCUAUUUGUGCAGCAAGGAAUGCAAUGGUUUGGAGGGGAGAGGCUGUGACACCGCUGGGGUACGUGUUGGUUGGACAAAGGCAAGGCGUUCAUUUGGUGACUUGUUGGACAAAGGCAAGGCGUUCAUUCCAUGGCUGUUUGGGAGAAACCGCUUAUUGGGUUUCUUAAAUUCAGUACAGAUGCUUCAGUAGGCCUCAUGAACGGUAUAUGUGGUCUUGGUUUCAUUGCUCGGGAUCACAAUGGGA